AGUAUUUGUUCGGUAUUUACAAUAGAAUUUCGCCUAGCAUCCACUUGGGUAUUUGCAUGAUAGCACGCAUGCGGUCACACUGUGUAUUUUGUUGCACUGCAGCCUCUUUUUAAUGUUUUAGUCCAAUAUUUAUGUAAAACAAAACGAGAAGUGCGUAGCACAUAAAUGUGCAUAAGGCAGUUAAAUAAAUAAUCAAGUUGAGUGCGCCAAGCCAAUAGCAAGACCGUCGUGCUGGAACACAUCGACCCACUGGCAGAUUGACGAAAUCCAACAAAAUAUUUGAAAUACACAGAAAAAGCAAUGGACGUCGAGGAAAACUACGAGUCACAAAGCACAACAGAGACGCCGCCGCAGCAGGGACCGCAGCCGCAGAUGCAGAUGCAGAUGCAGAUGCAGCAGCUGCCGCAACAGCAGCUUCCACAGCAGCAACAGCAAAUGCAACUGCUGCAAGAUAUGCAAUGCGAGCCGCUGUUUGGCAUUACCACAAAUACAACAACAACCACAAAUCCAAUGAUGGACACUGGCAACGUUGCAAUACCGUUGCCAGCGCCGCCUGGGACGGGCCUAGUUCUGUCCGGACCAGUGCCAGCUGUCUCCUCAGCGUUACCAACACCCGCACAAGCAGCGCAGAUCAAGGGUCUCGGCGCGGCUCUUCCCACAAAUGACUAUGAUAUUGACUCUCUGCUGCUGCAGCAAUUCAGUUGCAUGGGCACCACAGACCACGAGGAUCUGAUAAGUCAGUUCCAGAGCCUCAUGAAUAAUCAAAUGAAUCGCGAGUCGGCUCGUUUUUAUUUGGAAAUGAGCAACUGGAAUUUGCAAACUGCCGUCGGUUGCUAUCUGGACUUUUGUAGCCUGCAGUCGUUGCCUUCAAUGAAGAUUGUGCAGGGCCAGCACGUGAAUGCCCAGCAGCAGGCAUUCCAGCUGCAGAACGAUGGCAACGAACGCUGGCCGAAUGGCUGCUAUUUAACAUCGCCAAUACAGACGCAACGCAUCAAUGUGCCGUCCUUGCGUCCGGGCGAAACUUGUGAUAUAUUGGCUGAUCUGAUGCCCACACAGCCGGCAAUUAUGUGGCGCCUGUGUACACCCAACGGUUGGUACUUUGGCGAUGCCAUAUGGAUGAUACCGCCCGGCACACAGGCCAGCCAGGAUGAGCUACAGCAACGCAUGGUGCAGCUGAUCACCUCGGACGCGAAACCGGAGGUUUAUCCACAGAUCAAAAUAGUGAUAACUGCGCAUACACAAUGAGAAAGCGCCCACAUUUUCAUUUAAAUGUUCGCGUUGCGCUGCAUUUCAUUACGAAUUGCACAUCGUUAUUUCAAAUUUGAAACUAUUUAUACUGAUUUUGGCUAGCUUCAAUUCGGCCUUUGAUUCGAAUCCAAAACAUCCAAAAGAAACAAAACACAAAACUGUAUUUUUUUAUCGACGCAUUUGUAAUUCGAUUAGCAAACCGAAAAUUUCCCGUCGUAAAUUUUUCCAGAAUUUGUAUGCGCGAAAUGGUUCUAUGUUUAAGCGACAUGGUUUUUUUUUUUUGCCCCCCUCCUUUUGUCAAACCAAUCCUGUAACAAAUGUAGAUUUAAGUGUUUUAUUGAGCGAAAGAAAGAGAAACGAAGAAGAACAUGUUUUUUAUUAUUUGUACGUUUAGGCUGUACUUAUAAGCAUCUGACAGUUGCCCCAAACUGUUCCGCAAACAAAUAUUAUUUUAUAACUGGGACAAUCUUUAGCCCUAACGCUAGUUUAAUAUUUACUCGUCCGGUUCAAAUUUGUUACGAUCUCUUAAUACAAAAUGUCAAAUUGUUUUGGUUGGCUAUUGAAGUGGAUAUGAAAAACUUGUACUUGUAAAAUCAACGUAUAUAAUAAGCAUCAGGCAGCAGCGCCUAGUCCAUUAAAUAUAUAUAUAUUCCUGAUCAGGAGGACAAGCUGAGUCGAGUUCCUUGCCGAUUUGCGAAGCCCCUCCUUGUUAUUAAGCCAUCGAUUCCGUCUUCCCUUUUAAUACUCUUGUAGAGAUUAUAAGAAAUGUGCAACGCACAGAAAGCGACAUAGCCGAACCCAAAGAGCAUAUAUAUUCAUGAUCCCUGUCUUGUCUCUGUGUCGGUCUGUUGCGGCCAGAAUAUCUGAUAGCUACCAUAAACAAAAUUGAGUUC